CUUCCCUCAGAGGGGCGGGGCCAGGAGCUCUGGCGAGGCUGAGGUUGGCCGCUUGCGUGCGCGGCGGGGGUCUGCGAGGAGCUUUCGGCGACAGGAAAAUAAAAACAACACAAAUAAUAAUUGAAAUAUUUUCCGUAAUAAGAGCGUUAUAGCUGCAGCGUCUCCGCCUGGCUUUCCUGUAUGAGCGGGGUCUUCCCCCAUCCUCCAUUUUGAAUCGGGGUCGUUGUUGCAUCCCCAGCCGUAGGCCUCACCGGACCGACUAUCCCGCCUGCAACGCGGCCUAGACAGGGGGGUUAAAGCAGUAGGUCCCUCCAUCGGCCGCAGUCCCCGGGCCGGCUCCUCACCAUCGGCCUCUCACCCCGGGGUGGACAGGAGAGGCCCCCAGCUAGCGGACCUUCUCACCUCAGCCCCCCCAUCCAGAUAAGGUGUGGAGCGGGUUCUUUCAGCGAGCGCUGCCAGCAUGUCCUCCAUCCUACCCUUCACCCCGCCUGUUGUGAAGCGCCUUUUGGGGUGGAAGAAGUCGGCCAGCGGUACCGGCGGAGCGGGCGGCGGCGAGCAGAACGGUCAGGAGGAAAAAUGGUGCGAGAAAGCCGUGAAAAGCUUGGUGAAGAAGCUGAAGAAAACGGGCCAGUUAGACGAGCUCGAGAAAGCCAUCACUACGCAGAACUGCAACACGAAGUGCGUGACCAUCCCGAGCACUUGCUCUGAAAUAUGGGGACUGAGUACAUCAAAUACCAUAGAUCAGUGGGAUACCACAGGCCUUUACAGCUACUCUGAACAAACCAGGUCUCUUGACGGCCGCCUCCAAGUGUCCCACCGCAAAGGCUUGCCUCACGUUAUUUACUGCCGGCUGUGGCGCUGGCCCGACCUUCACAGUCACCACGAGCUGAAAGCCAUCGAAAAUUGUGAAUAUGCUUUUAACCUUAAAAAGGAUGAAGUCUGUGUGAACCCGUAUCACUACCAGAGAGUGGAGACCCCAGUUUUACCCCCCGUGCUGGUGCCGCGGCAUACAGAGAUCUUGACGGAAUUGCCCCCUCUUGAUGACUACACGCAUUCCAUUCCGGAGAACACUAACUUCCCCGCAGGGAUCGAACCCCGAAGCAGCUAUAUACCUGAAACGCCACCUCCUGGAUACAUAAGUGAAGAUGGAGAAACAAGCGACCAGCAAAUUAACCAAAGCAUGGAUACAGGGUCUCCAGCGGAGCUUUCUCCAAGCACGCUAUCUCCAGUCAACCACGGACUCGAUCUGCAGCCUGUUACGUAUUCCGAGCCUGCGUUUUGGUGCUCGAUAGCAUAUUAUGAACUGAACCAGCGAGUGGGAGAAACCUUCCACGCCUCGCAGCCUUCCCUCACCGUGGAUGGAUUCACAGACCCAUCCAAUUCAGAGAGAUUCUGCCUAGGUUUACUUUCCAACGUCAACCGCAACGCCACGGUGGAAAUGACCCGGCGUCAUAUAGGAAGAGGAGUCCGGUUGUAUUACAUCGGAGGAGAGGUUUUCGCAGAGUGCCUGAGCGAUAGCGCCAUUUUUGUUCAGAGUCCAAAUUGUAACCAGCGGUAUGGUUGGCAUCCGGCGACUGUCUGCAAGAUCCCGCCAGGCUGCAACCUGAAGAUUUUUAACAACCAAGAGUUUGCCGGCCUCCUCGCUCAGUCUGUGAACCAAGGCUUCGAAGCGGUUUACCAGCUAACCAGAAUGUGCACCAUCAGAAUGAGCUUCGUCAAAGGCUGGGGCGCCGAAUAUAGGCGGCAGACGGUUACAAGCACUCCUUGCUGGAUCGAGCUUCACCUGAACGGACCUCUGCAAUGGUUGGACAAAGUGUUGACUCAGAUGGGUUCUCCCUCGGUCCGCUGCUCGAGCAUGUCCUAAUGACACCCCCCUUCCCUUUAAUGUAUAGCCUGCGGGUUAAACCCGAAGUCCGAGCUACAGACUUGUACAGCUUGUCUGUCGUAGUAUUUCGUGUGUGGUCCCCAUGAACUGUUUACAAUCCAAACGAAAGCGAAAACGGCACUUGAGGUCCUAUCAACUAAAGCACCUUGUUGGAUGACGUUUCUGAUACAAAAGUAGAUGAAAUCGUAGUGUAAAAAAAAUAAAUAAAAAAUGACUCCUUACUGGGGAA